AUGAGAUUUUAUCUUUUAUUAUUACUUUUCGGCUUAACAGCUGAAAUUGUUUUAUCAACAAUUUUAUUAGCAACAAGUUCGAGAGAACUAACAUUUCGAGAAAAUCGACUAUACAAACGUUUAGUAAAACGCCAACUACAAGAUUGUAUUCCGGAAAAUUGUGCGGUUCCAAAUUGUGGACGAGAUUUUGUUGCUAUGCGUUUACCCAAUGAAUGUUGUGAAAAAUGUGUUCGUAAGUGCUACCAAUCGAUCGCUCAACAAAAUCCUCAAGCUCCUCAAACCCAAUAUGGAUAUGAUCGAUAUCCUUACCAAAAUCAACCACAGUAUCAACAACCACAGUAUCAACAACCGCAGUAUCAACAACCGCAGUAUCAACAACCACGUGUCGAUGUAUACAUAUUUGGUCCUGAUGAUGGCGCCAAAGUAUCGGAAGGACAAAGUAUCUAUUUUGAUUGUGAAGUUGUGGCACCAUAUCAACAAAAUAUUCAGCCAAGAUGGUUACGUCAAGGAAAUCAACCAUUACCAUUUAAAGCAAGAAGUUCACCAUUAGAAGGAAAUCGUAAAAUUGUGCGUCUGGCAAUUGCUGAUGCAACAGCAAGUGAUGCAGGACGAUAUGAGUGUAGUGCUGGUACUGGCAAUCCUGCUGAUCAAGCAUCAAUCGAUUUGCAGGUAACAGCCGGUGGUCAAUAUCCAAGACCUGCGCAACCAGCACCUUAUAAUCCUUAUGGGGAUCAGUCGGGUUAUAAUCAGCAAUAUCCUUACUAUCCUCCGAGUAAUUAUCCUCAACCACCUCAACAACCAAGUUAUCCAUAUGAUACUAAUCCGUAUCCACCUGCACAACCAAAUCCUCCUCCGUAUAAUGAUCCUUAUAAUCAACCUGGUUAUCCUUAUUCGAAUGAAAAUCAGCCACAACCUCGUCCAGAAACAAACGAUGACCAAUCGGGAACUAAUGAAGACGCAAACAAUGUACCACGAACUGAUCAAGCAACAACUCCUCCAGAAUCUGAAAAACCUGCACCUUCUGAAAAAGAACCAGACGAUGAUGCGGGAGCAGAAUAUGAUGGCGAUUAUGACGAUGAGAAUGCAAGAUAA